AUGGAGACGUCCUUCCAUAUCUUGGAAGCCAAAGGCAUCCGAGGUGUCAACAAAAGAGUAAAUGCUGUUGCACUGCGGCAAAUCACCGGCUGGUCUUCAAGGAUCGGGAUAUCACGUCUCGCAGAGGGUAAAAUUAGGGAACUUCGGCGCAAGGCGCCAAUCGAAAGGUUGAACAUGGGUGAAAAGAUUGCUGCUUCCACGGUUGGUGGCGCUAAGCUGCUGGAAUCAGCCAUUCGAGGUAUGCCUCUGCUGGAGUUUCAUUCUCCAUUGUACACAGAACUGACGAAAUUGCAGGUAUUGCGAGUCGAGAUGCAAUCAGUGAAAGCAGAUCCAGCUCGCCCAGCCAAUGCCUCGAUGCUCACCACUUUAAUGUUUAUCCUGAAGGAAUCUGGGGUGGGGGCUCUAUUUCGGGGUGUCGUCCCUCGGAUCGGUGUUGCUUCUUGGGCUACAAUAUGCAUGGUCGGGUGA